AUGGUCAAGAAGACCAACUCCGACGUCACCGACUUCGACAACCAGGUGGGCAGCCUGGACAUGGCCCUCGAGCUCGACGACGAGGGGGACGUCUUCAUCGCGCAGCGCGAGUUUUGGGCGUGCCUCCGGACCCGUCUCUCCGUCAACAAUGCGUCCCAGGGGCUAGACGUCCUGGACGCCAUGGCCAUGGACGUCCUGUCGGGUGGCGACGCACGCCGCCUGAACCAGAUCCUCGUGAUCCUGCCGCACCCCGACCAGAUGCAGGCCGGCGAACCUGCCGAGCACUACGUCCUGUCGAUCCCGCUGCCGCCGUUGAAGGCCGCGGCCAAGAAGAAGGCCGAGGCCUACGACUUCCGGUUGCCGACGACGGCGCCCGCGCGACUGAUGAUCGACCUGGCCGCACUUGCGCAGCGCGCCUUCAGCAAGGGCCUCGCUCCGUUCCACUUGGCGUACCCCUGGCGCAAACAGCGGUGCUGGUAUCCGCCAUCCGAGUAUCCUGAGUUGCACCUCGUCCACUACCGUGCCAACAUGCGCUUCCGCGAGCUGUUUUUCCUGUGGGCGCUGUACGCGCCUUGUCUGAAUGUCGACCAGCGGCGCAAGGAGAAAAUGAAUGCGUGCCGAGCGCGGAACGAGCUCAUUAGCUACAACAUCGAGGAGCGAGGGUACUUCGGCUUUCUCGACGACUUCGAGAACGGUGCUCAUGACACGCUCAUGUGGUUGGGAGGCAGAGCGGUCAAGCACUCUGCCGGCGCGGCUAAGAGCAAGGGCGCGGCGCACGAGGACCUCGGCGUUGUCUUCGCAAAGGACAAGAUUCUCUACGAGCGGGCCAUCGAGCGAGCUCUCGACCCCAAGAUCGUCGACGAACACGGCUACGCCUCGAUUCCGGAGCUCCUCGAGGAGGCGGAGCUCAUCGGCCCCACGCGAGCGCCACACCUGCGACUCUCCGACAAGGCCCUCGCUCGCAUCAAGCUCGACGUCACCAGCGGGCCACCCCCCGUGCCUUCUUGGGUAGGCCGAACCCGCGGCCCGUGGAAGGCCCUCUUGUGGGACGCGUCGCUCAAAGACACCAUCGAGGAGGUGGUCGAGCUCCUGGACUUGGGCAUGAAGGUGGCCGUGUACGACCAGAAGCCCUUCAACCCCGACGAGCAGGGCGACGAUGACUCGGACUUCGAGGACGAGGACGGAGCCUUCACGGCGUUGCCUCCGACGCCCCCCGUGCAGUACCGGGCUCCCGCCGUCAAACAGCGAGCUACCACUCCGUCCAAGCCAGGAGUUCCAGUUUCUCGCUCCAGCAAGUCAGGCGAGUCCGAAGACUCCAGCGACGACAAGAAGAAGCCGGCGACCAAGGACGACAGCGACAAGGACGACAAGGCCCAACCCAAGACCACCAAGGCCCCCGUCGCGGCCAAAGAGACGCUGCCGGGCGACGAAGCAGACGACGACGGCGAGAUAGCGAGCGAGCUUCCGACCAAGAAGCUCAAGUCGCGUUCCGCAAGCGUCGACAAGGCCAAGUGA